AAGCUAACAUGGAUCCUAACUCUGGGAACUCCUUUAGGAACAAUUUCUAUUCUUUAAGGAGAGCUAGUUUCAUGAACUCAAACUUACAAUUUCAGGCUUCUCAAUUGAGUUCUAAGAUGACUCCUAGAAAUCCAUCAGUCAAAUUCGAGAAGUCUGGAGAGUUCCUUCAGAUCUCUAUUAAUGGUCCUCUCACUAAGAAAAGAGGAGAUUUUAGAAAGAAGUCUUCGAAUUUACAGCAAAUGAAGGAUCUAGAGAAGAUAGUCAAUAACGAAGGCCUUGAUAUUGACGAUGACCUGGAGCUUAAUGAAGAAGAUCUACAAAAAUUAGAUAUGAUAGCAAACCAAUCAAACUGCAACUAUUUACCACCGAGCAACAGCAUGCAAAAAUGGAUGAACGAGAUGCAGAAAGAAGACAAAACUCCUGGAAUUCUGACUAGUUCUACAUCAAAUCUAAACAGCCUAAAGAAUCUUCAUCAAGAGUUUAAGCCAUCAAUAAUUGAAAGGUUUGCGCCUACUCCCUCCUUUAUAAGAACAAGGUCGUACAACCAGAAUAAAUCUCCUGCUAAAAUUCAGAUGAAUAAAGCAGAGGAGCCACCAGCAAUGAUUGAUAUUCCUAGGAAAGAGAAAGCAGUUGUCGAUCUAGAAGCAGAAAAGUCAACUUCAACCCCAAUGGUUUCUAAAAUGCCAAAGAAAAGGGAAGAAAACAAAAAGGCUAAAAUGUCUAAUAAGCCUGAGAUUUCUACUUCGACAAAACCAGCUGGUCUUUAUUAUGGGAAGCAUACAAAUGCUAGAAACAAGCCGAUCAAGGGCAAGCAUUCUGAAAGGAGAGAUGUUGUCUACAAGAACAUCCUCAGAGCGGUUAAGACAUUCCUCAAUGAAGAUUUUAAAAAGGCUUCAGGUGGCAAAAAGUCAUUCUCUUCAUGCUUUGCUGCUUUCUUAAAAUCUUUACCUGACAUCGCAGCGAAGAUACCUAAGAUAUUCGGAAGAGGCACAACUGGAGAACAUAACUUUAAGCAAGCGAUGCUUGUAUUUCUCGGAGAGAAGUGUUAUCUUCAUGAAAAGACCAAAGACACAAAGAUAGUUGAAAAACAAUUGAAGAAAUGUGUGAAAACUUUUACUAUAAAUUCAUACACUAGCUUGUUCAAGUUCAGAAUAAUCCAACAAAUUUUUGAACUUCUUCUAGACUCAAGAUACAUCCAUACAAUUAUAACCACCAGAGAAAACAUGAAAAUCAGCGAGCCCAGAUACCUCGAAGCUGUCUCUUCCAUCAUUGCCUUCCAAACCCAUCCUUCACUAAUGAAAUAACCCCUGUAAAUCCACCUAUCAGUAAAAUUUGGACCAUUCUCAAC